AUCCGGGGUCGUGUCCCGGGCCCCUCCGGACCUCAGUUUCCCUCCCUCGUUGCUGUGGUGGGGGAGCGGAGGCCCCCUAGCCCCGGGAAUGCUCGCGGAGACUCUGGAUGCUCCGGGGCCCGAGAUUAGGCUGGACCCUUACUUCGAGGAGUUUACAGGCUAGAGGGAGGCAGGGUCGGGGGGGUGCGGCUCGCGGUGGUGGGCGGGAAAUCUGUGCUCCCCCCGCCCGACGUCAUCUAUGGGUCCUCCCCCGUACCCCCUCUUCUCUCCGAUCCCCCUCCCUCUCCACUGUUCCCCAGCCCGGGGGCGGGGUAUAACUAUGUGAGCGUCAGUCUGGCAAAGUCUGGGGACCCCCGCCUGCCCACUCCGCCCUCCCACCUCAUGGUCGUGUUUUUGAAUGCAGAAAAUCUAAUAAACGGGAGUUCUGAGGAAACCUACUGCAGGCCUGGACCCCCCUCUACAUGGGGGACCCCAGGCAAGUCGCUCAGCUUUACUCUGCCCAGAAGAUAGCAGGCACUUUUCUCCCUAGUGGUUGUGAGCUGGUACCAGGAAAGGUCUAGGCUACUUUAGGGUGCACUGGCUUGAUUGUCGUUUUGCUUGGGGAGAAGAUGGUGUCCGUGACAAUGGCUACAUCAGAAUGGAUCCAGUUCUUUAAGGAAGCUGGGAUCCCCCCAGGGCCUGCUGUGAACUAUGCAGUGAUGUUUGUAGAUAACAGGAUCCAAAAGAACAUGCUGCUAGACCUGAAUAAGGAGAUCAUGAAUGAACUGGGCGUGACUGUGGUGGGGGAUAUCAUUGCCAUCCUCAAACAUGCCAAAGUGGUGUACCGCCAGGAUGUGUGCAAAGCAGCCGCCGAAUCCUUGGCGUCAAGCCCCAGCCACCUACAGGCAGAGCUCAGGCGCAGCGCCACUAGUGCUGCCUCUCGAAUGAUUGCUAAUAGUCUGAGUCGGGACUCCCCACCCAGCACCCCUGCCAGGCGCCCUGACACCAGUGCCUCCAAGAUCUCAGUCACUGUCUCAAACAAGAUGGCUGUUAAGCAUGCCAAAGCUGCUGCUCUGGGCCAGCUAGAAGAGGAGAAUGCUGCUGUGCCCGUAAAGAGGAGGCGCAGAGUGACAGCAGAGAUGGAAGGGAAAUACAUCAUCACCAUGCCCAAGGGGACCACACCUCGAACCCGCAAGAUCUUGGAGCAGCAGGCGGCCAAAGGUGUUCAGAGGACAUCUGUAUUUGACCGGCUUGGAGCUGAGACCAAGGCUGACACAACAACUGGGAAUAAGCCUACUGGUGUCUUCAGCCGAUUGGGUGAUGCCCUAGAGACGGAUGAAGAGCGGGUAGGAGACAGUGAUGACGACAGCUCUGUCCUACAAUAUGCUGGGGUCCUGAAGAGGAUGGGCAAGUCCUUUCCUAAGGAAAGCACCCCACUUGGGGUGACCAUCAAGGCCAAAGCCACCAGCUCAGAGCCCAAGCCAGUCCCGGCCACCCUUCGGCGUAUAGGGGGCAGCCAGGGCCCAUCUGCUGAGAGAAAGCCAGAGCCAUUGCCCAAAGUCAGCGUCAUCCAGAGACUUGGCAAAACCACUCUUGUGCCAGAGGCUCAGGACAGCCAAGUUACCAGCACAAAGAGUAAGUCCCCAGCUGAGUUCAAGGUUACCAUAAAGAGGACCUUGGCAGGCCCGAGGGUGAGCAGCUCAAGCGAGGGCCAUAGCGCACAGAUGGACAACACGGGGACUAUUAGCGUGUUUAAAAGACUGGGGCGGAAGACCGACUAACCUUGCUGGUAGGGCUUGGAGAGCCCCCUUUGUACUGUGUCUGCCUUAACUCAUACACCCUGCCUGCCCCUGUCUGGCCCGGCCUGGCCCCUUCCUCGGCCUGCUCUUAAAAUGUGGCCAUUGUUUUUCCUCAGGGGCCCUCACUUGCUUGUGUCUGCUUCCACUGCCUUAGACACUCCUUUUAGCUCCCCUCAUCCAAAUUGUACUGAAUCCUCUGAUGAGAACUUGAAAUAUGGCCAGUGAAGUGUGUAAAGGUGGGGUACAUCAAGGAAAGAGGUCCCGGUUCAGGCCAGAAAUCUGGCACCAUCCAAAGCUGCUUCCACCACUGGGGACACGUGUGAGUGUGCGAGUAUACGAGUGACUGAUGUGAGGCAGAAAUGACGGUUGGUGGAGUGUAAUUGGGAGCCCUUCAGGAACCAGCGGUGUUGAGUUCUGGAUAAAGGACUUGGGAAAUUCCGUGCUUUCUCUGCAGGGCCCUUGGCCGCCCUCUUUUCUGAGGCCUUUUCUCAGGUGUCCACCUAAUUUUCCUUCUCUGACCUUUCCCUUUUUUGGGUCCUCUCUGCUCCUUCCUGGAAAGGGGACAUCUUUCCUCACUGGCUUUUUACCUGACCUCAGACCUGAAUAGACUGUUCUGAAAUCAACACCAGGGUCCCUUGCAGAGGUCCAUCAACAACAGCCAGUCAAGGGGGUUAGGGGAGCGAGUCUCACUUUCCCAGUUGUUUCCCUUCCUUCCCUUCUGCUUGCUGUAGGUUAUUGCCUUCAGUAGUUUGACUCCUUCACACUUUUCGUUUCUCUUCUGUUUUCUGCCCUGGUGGGAAGGCCCGACUGCCCGCUGUCCUCUACCAGAAGUGCAUCUGUCUUCGCCCUCCCUGCGCCCUCACCGCCGCCGCCCUUGGCGCCGAGCUUAUAGGAGCUCAUAAGAGGCCAAGGUGCUAUGGCUGAGGGCACUCCACCUUGGUGUCUGCUGGCCAAAGGAGCUUCACCUGGGCCUGUCUGCCGACAUGAGAUAAUAGGAGGCUGCAGAGGAGAAAGGAGAGGGGUUUUCAUAUAUUUUUGUGUUUGUUUUUUUUUCCCAACUGUUUUGCUCGUGUGGGCAAGAAGUGUUUUUCCCUCUUUAUUUUUACACUGUGAAAGUGGAAUGCUUGGGGUGAGGUGGGCAGGGGUGCAGAGAUUAGGGAGAACUAGGGCUUCUCUGAAGAGGACACCGUCACCAUGUACCUGUGAGCAGGAUUCUUUCUCUAGUUGUUUCAGAAACAGUAGAAGCUCUUAAUGGGACCCUGGGUAAAUAAAGCUGGGGUCACCUGAUUUUAAAACCCCGGAAACCAA